GACGGUGGGCUUGCCUGUGAUUUGUUUACGCAACUGGGAUUGACAGGCAGUUUUGUUAGCCUGUGUCAGGCCUGCUAUCUAAAGUUAGCCGCACCAAAGAACGCAGGAGUCGGCGGUGCAGAGUUAAAGCAGGUCAGUGGGCCAGUAAUGCAUUAAGGCAGUGAUGGAGACCACAGACCAAGCCACUGAGGGCGACCCUCUGAAGACAGGAGAAGAUGGUGCAGAGGCAGGAACAGUACCAUCAGCAACAGAGCUGAAGAGAAAGAGCUGCAAGGAGUUGGGUUUUUCCAAACUGUCUCAUUGGCGAACUGCAGUCUUUUUCUUGUCCUUGUUCCUUUGCCUCACCAUCGUGUUUGCCUUCUCCUUCAUCAUCCCCUGUCCCGUGAGGCCACAAUAUCUUGUUACCUGGAACAGUUCAUUCCCUGGAGCAGCAACCUACAACUUCUUAGCUUUUGAACAUGCAAAUGAAGACAAGGUGAUGGAUGUCCUGUUUAUUCUCAAAACCACAGAAGUGACACAGAACAGAUCAUGUGCUGAUGAAGCUCUAUCCUCACCAUGCGUGUUUCUGUUGGCACUGGAUGGCACACAUGGAGAGAACCUGUGGGACUAUCCGCUGGAACCCGACUUCCACUGGGCCCAGUGUGGCCUCGAAAGAGAAACGGGCAGAACCUGGGACUGUCUGCUGUCCCAUUCUGACAAACUCACAGCCAUCGACAAACGUACAGGUACGAAAAUCUGGCAACAGUCUCAGCCUACUGGGCUGCGCAGCUCUGCGCCCGUUCUCAGUGUCCCAGAUCUGGAUGGGGACAAAGUUGGUGAUGUGGCUCUGGUGGCAUCUGAUAACACACAGACUCAGCUGGUAUUGCUCUCAGGGAAGACGGGUGACCAAAUCGGCACUACGGUGGUUCUCGAUUCCACAGAGACAGCCAGUCAUCUUCUGCACCGCACUGAGAAAGGUUCUUACUACGUACUACUGCAAAAAGACACUGGGCUGUAUGGCUGGGCACUGUGGAAGAUCGCUGCCAAGGCUAAAGCAGGGAUGGAUAUGGGUCUGAAGAAGGACCAACACCUGGAGAGAAAUGCCAGUGGCACAGACGGCCUUGUACCCAUCUACGAGUCUGAAGUGAGUCGAAUGCUGAAAACCGAUGAAACGGAUGAUUCAUCCAACUUGCUGGUUGUGGCUGGGAAGGAGGUGGCAUUGCUUGAUGGCAAACAUUUGGAGCUACUGUGGAGAUUCAACACCAGCUCAGUCCUCAGUGAACCCUCUUUUGGUCAUUUUAACAAAGAUGGUUUAAUAGAUGUUGUCAUUGAGGAGGAUAUUGGCAACAACACAAAGAGGAUAAUAAUCCUGGAUGGGAAGACUGGCGGUGUGCUGUGGGAAGUCCAGCUCUUGGCCAGUCCUAAUUCCCCGAGACCCGCUUCCAUCGACACCACCAACUACUUCUCAGUCUUCAUGUUUUGGGGCUUGAUGCCCUCAGAGUCAAACUCAUCUGAACCAGUAACAAGUGAACGACGCUCUUACAUGCUGCAUCCUCUCUAUUCGAAUGCUCUCCUCGAGUCCACUAAUGUCGUAGACCACAUUAUAGCAUUUAAAGCCACGCUGAUGGAGCGUGGGCGCCAUGCUGCCUACAUCCUGCUGAUAGGCCCUAAGGAGGAGGGAGCCGAAAGCACCGUGGUUCUCAGCAAGCGCAAGCUGAAGCAGGACGUUCCCGACAGCAAAGUACUCCGUUUUGGCGACGGGACUACAAAAUCUAAUGAGGACAUUAAAGAGGCCUUCAACCGACUCCGCUUUAGCGAUUGGUGAAAAGGCCGGCUGUAACCUGUGCAGUAUAUCCUCGGUUUUAUGCUGACUUAACUUGAUUUUCAAAACCAAAGUUGUUGUAAACUAAUUGUGACUUUCCAACUGCUGAGCAAAGAAACUCCUUUAUCUUUAGAAGACUUUAGGUUGAUUUGCUUUGACAGGGAUGUUCUCCGGUGGACAAACUGGACACUGUCUAUAUUCACUCUUCUUCACUGCAUAUCCUUCAUAUUGUCAAAACUCUAAACCUGUAUAGAAUCAGAAAAAAGCUGCUGUUCACUGACAAUCACUCUACUCAGACUGCUGUUCUCCUGCUGAUAAACCCAUCACAUCUGCCUUUAUGUAUUGUUUCUAGCAAUUUCAUGCAUUGGUGCAAUGAUCGUUAAAAACAGAAGCUGGACUGUUCAGAUCUAUGCAACUGUAUGUCACGCUGUGCUUUAAAGGUAGCAGAUGCAUGCAACUACAGAGGCUUUUCCUUAGUGUGUCAAAUUAAAAAUAGCCUAAAUAAAAUAGAUACACAGUUGUAAGGCUGGUUUAUGGUAUAAACUAAAUGUUAUGUGUUAAAUUUGUAAGGGAUCCUGUCUGUGAAAGUAUCAAUAAGGCACUCUGGCAGUCAACGGUACUGAUGUUGACAUCGAUGACCCUUUACUGUUACUUACUUAAUCCAACAUGCUGUAAGAUGUAAUGCUAUAUAACGCACACUGACAAUUUAGUCAAUGCUGUAUCAAAUAAGAGUUAUUGUUGUGGUUGAACAGCUCCUUAUGAAGCUGUUUUCCCUUGGUAACUUAUAUUAAGGUUGAAGACGAGGUUCUUAUUUUUGCUGAACAUGGACAUAUUGAACCUGUGAAAGAGGCCUUUAUUGGAGAUGACUUUACUUUCUGACUUGUAAUGAAAUGUUCGGAUUUGAGCUAUAUUAAAAUAUUUUUAAAGAAA